AUGGACCCUCCCCCUCCUCCUCACCAUCCGCUUCUCCGCCUCCCACCCCGACCUCCCCCUCGACAUCCCCUCCCCCUCCACAACCCCCUCGCCGCCCUCAAGCUCCUCAUCCGUGCCGCCCUCCCCGCCCUCACCCGCCGCCGCCUCCGCUUCAUCCACCAGGGCCGCAUCCUCUCUCCGGACGAUGCCUCCCUCGCCGCCGUCCUCGACCCCGCGGCAAGGGAAAAGCCCCGCUCGCCGAACGCCUCUUUCUCAACUGCUCCAUUGGCGACAGACAACCAGGCGGAGACGGGGCUUCGACCGACUCCUCGACGCCGGCUUCUCCGCCGCCGAAGUAAACCAGCUCAGGCUCCAGUUCCGCUCCAUCCACGAGGCCCGGCACACCCCGAUACCAUGCCCGGCCCCGACGUCCUCCAAGACCUCGAAGACGCCUGGAUCGACGACAACGGCGCCGGUGGUGCCGGCGGGGCUGCCGACGACGCGGCGGGCGACGAGGCCGGCGCAGGCGCGGGCGGAACGGCCAUUGGCGACCUGCUCGACGUGUUUAUCCAGGGCAUUGUCGUUGGCUUCUUCUUACCUCUUGCUAGCAUGACGUGGCUCCUGAGAGAGGAGGGCAUGUGGUCCAAGAGACGCCAGGUCGCUGUUCUCUUUGGCGUCAUGGUUAGUGUUAUUAUCGGGCUCUUUAAAGCCAUUACGGGCGAUGUCGAUUAA